AUCAGUUACUGGUACUGCACAUGCUAAAACUGUUAAAAAAUAUGUCAUAUCCACCAUGCAAAAAUUUUUUUCAUGUCGGGAUAUUUUUCAAAAGAAUAAUACAAUGCCACACAAGUCAAAAGUUGCUACAGCCAUUUGCGAAGCUCACGGAAUCAAAAAAUUAUCAUGGCCCCCAGAGUCCCGACUUGAAUCCUAUAGAGAAUUUAUAACAUGA